GAAAUGUUUUAUUUUGAAACCGUACGUGGGCGCUAGCGAGCGCCAAAGAUGGUAUUAUUGGGCACGUGUUACUUUGUUUUUAAACGUGACAACAUGUGUGUUUAUGGUGUGAACAGGUUUUUGCACCUUUAUGUUGAAAAAGGAGUGAUUUUUUUUUAAAUUUUGCUAAUAUAUUCGCUAGUUUUCAAUGUAUAAAACUAGAACACAGAGUAGUGUGUAAAAGAUUUAACGGUUUUUACUGCUAUGUUUUCAAUCCAUCUUAUUAACUUUGCAGCAGAAUAUUAGGUUAAUUGGUAUCAGCUUUAAUCUGUUUGGUUAAAUUAAAACCAUCAUGCCAAGGAUAGACAACGACAUUAAACUUGACUUUAAAGACGUUUUACUUCGUCCAAAGAGAAGUACUUUAAGAAGUAGAAGCCAAGUUGAUGUUUCUCGUCACAUCAAGUUUAGAAACUCCGGGCAAGUCUAUGUUGGGGUUCCUAUAAUGGCUGCUAAUAUGGAUACAACUGGAACCUUUGAAAUGGCUGUUGCGUUUAAAAAACACGACGCAUUUGUAACCAUUCAAAAGCAUUAUUCACUAGAGGAAUGGAUACAUUUCUCCGAAACACACCCAGAGUGCUUGUCUAAUGUCGCAGUCAGCUCUGGAACGGGAGAGAAGGAUUUUGAAUCCAUGUGUAAUAUAUUGGAAAGGGUUGAAGGCAUUAAGUAUAUUUGUGUGGAUGUUGCUAACGGUUACUCGGAGCAUUUUGUUGAAUAUGUGAAGAGAGUUCGGCAACAGUAUCCGAAACAUACCAUCAUGGCUGGCAAUGUAGUCACUGGGGAAAUGGUGGAGGAACUUCUUCUUGCUGGAGCUGAUAUUAUAAAGGUGGGAAUCGGACCUGGAUCCGUUUGUACCACACGUAAGAAGACUGGGGUGGGAUAUCCUCAGAUAAGUGCCGUGAUUGAAUGCGCAGAUGCUGCCCAUGGGUUAGGAGGGCAUAUUAUAUCAGAUGGGGGGUGUACUUGUCCAGGGGAUGUGGCUAAAGCAUUUGGUGCAGGGGCUGAUUUUGUUAUGAUUGGCGGUCUGUUUGCUGGUCAUGAUCAAUCUGGUGGCGAGACUAUUCUUAAGGAUGGUAAGAAAGUGAAAUUAUUCUACGGCAUGAGUUCGUCAACUGCCAUGGAGAAGCAUGUGGGAGGUGUGGCCAACUAUCGAGCUUCUGAGGGUAAAACAGUGGAGGUUCCAUACAGGGGUGAUGUGUCUGCUACCAUGCUUGAUAUACUUGGUGGUGUGAGGUCUACAUGUACAUAUGUAGGGGCUUCAAAAUUAAAAGAACUUAGCCGGCGUACAACAUUUAUUCGAGUUACCCAGCAAUGGAACCAGAUGUACGGGAAUUAAUUAAAACUUUGUUUAAAUACAACUAGUGUGAAUUCACUAAGUUCUUGUGGUUGAUUCAGUUUAAAUACACAAAAUAUUUUUAAUACACGACACAAUGAAAACAUGACACAAUUUGUACAUUGUCGCUGCUGCUAGUUAUUUAUUGCAAUAUGUGUAACUUUCUCAAACAAUGGUGCCAAGUUUAAUAAUUACCCGAUCGUGUACUGCGAGUAUAAAACAUUAAAGACAUUGUUAUUUGUCACAUCGCUGUAACUAAGCGCUUGAUAGCAAUGUACAAUUAAAGUGAAUAAAUCACAUUACAACUGUAAUUUUGCAAGAAAUUUUGAUAUUGUUUCAGUUAAAUUAAUUUCUCAGUGCUUUUAAUCUGAAUUUCCAAAUAAAUUUAAUUAAAGAUCACUGUAUAAUGUACUAGGGGUCUUAAGCAUGAAGUUCUAUUGUUUUGCAG